CGCCCUUCGGUUUCCUAAACGAAAGCAUGCCUUUUUCUUCGCUAUGUAUCUACUCUGCCGCCAUGUAUGAAAACAAUGGAAGUGAGAUGGAUUCAAGAGCACAAGUAAAGCCAAAGCUUUUAUGCAAGGACCUUGCUCCCCAAGUUGUACCAGACUGUACUCCAGAAGUUGAAGUGGGCGAGUACUUCUUGUUGAAAUCUGAAGAACGCCUGUCGAAAAAGAAGCCAGAAUGGGAUUGGCCUCCAUUGUCCCCAGCUACAGAGUUGGUGGCUGCCUACAGGGACCUGGAAGUAGCUAACAGGAACCUUAACGAAAAGUGGGCCAAGGGAAAGGAGAAGCAGGAGCAGAUGGACAAGGAGUGGGAUGAGCUACGAGAGAACGAAAAGCACCUCAGAGAGUCCUUCACUCGCUUUAAUAAGUUUUUGCAGGUUAACAGAGAGAAGCGAGAAAGAGCAGAAAGUAAGAUUCAGGAGGAGAAGGCAGUGCAGAAACAGCGAAAGAAGGAGACUGUUCAACUGCAGGAGAAGUUAGAAGGUUUCAUACAGAUAAAGAAAACCCUGGAAGAACAUGUGAAUAAGCACAAGAUAUAUGAGGACUUCCUGGACAAUGUAGUGGGAAAUACGGUUUUUCGCUAUGAGACUCUGAGUGCUUCGCUCAUGGAACUUACUGAUCAGCAAUGGAGCAACCUUGCCACCCUGGAGAAUGCUUACAAUCAUACAGUCAGGCUAACAGAGGAGAAGUCACAACUCAUGUUGGGGCUGAGCAACAGAAUAUCAGAUUUGCAGAGCCAUUAUGACCAGGCUAAGGCUGAGACCUUCCGCUGGGAAACAGCACUGAGUCACAUCGAGGACAUAAAUGCAGAAAAACACAUAGAAAUCAACGAGGUGCGGACAUCAUGCUGGAACAUGUACCGAGAUAUCUGCCGGCGCAAGAAUAUGCCAGUCAAGACAGCGGAGCGAGACGUAGAGCAGCAACUGAUACACAUCAAGCACACCAUUCAAGCGCUGAAGAAGAUUGUGCAUAUCGUGCGCCAACGAGCCAUUUUGGACACAGCCUCCAAUAUAUAGCAACCCGCUCCACUAGUCACAAAUGAAAAUGAUUGUGGAUGGGAUCUGUCAUUAUCCAUGUAAUGCAAUGAUAAAAAUUAAUUUUUUUAUAGAAAUCAUUUGUCUUUCUUAAUGUCCCAUUUGUUUGUAUUCUGUGUUCUUAAAUAUGUACUCGUGCACUAGGCCAAUAUUCAUACUUGUCAUUAUUUCAGCAUUGGUUUUCACCUCUGAAUCUCUAAUAAUGUAGAAGUUACAAAUAAAAUAGCAAAUAUGAGAUGUAUUUCAAAUUUAAAUGCAAGAUUUUGACACAAGCUGUUCCUUCACAACAAUAUUUCAGAAUGAGAAAACAGUGUUUAUAUAAUUAUGAUCACAAAUAACUAAUAUGGAUUUCAUGAUGCUGGAUGUAUGUGUUGGUUAAAAUAAAAAUUUCUGAUUCCCCGU